AUGUCCAAGUCGAAGCAGAAGCGCAAGCAGCAGAGCCAGCAGCAGCAGCUCGGCGCGCUGAAGAAGGCCAAGACGGGGCACUCCGCCGCGACGACGACCCCGGUUCUGCCCACCGUCGGAGCCGCCUUCGAGCCCAAGUUCCUCAGCACGGUGGUCCCGGAGGAGGACCUCGAGAUCACGGUCGACACGCUGAGGGCGCUGGUGGAGAACCCGGGGCUGAUCAAGUCCAAGGCGUGCAAGGACCUUAGGACGGCCGUGUUCGAGUUUCGGAAGGCGUGUACCACUGGGUUCAAUGCUGCAGCCGACGCAAACCUAACCUCCCGCAUCAGCGGUGCUCUCGCAGACGGCGGCCACACCGAGGCGCGCAUCCUCCUGGCCGAGAUGCGCAUCCGGGGGCAGGCCCCGAAGCUGGGCGCCCUGUGCCGGUGGGUGCGCGACCUGGACGUCAUCAGCGGGUUGGCGGAGCAGCGCGAGGGCAGGAGUAGGCGCACCGAGGCGCAGGCCGAGACGCUCAAGGUCCUGGAUGCCAUCUUGCGUGUGACGGGGCCGGUGGACCACUCCUCGGCCCCGCCGCCCGCUGACAGUGCAGACAACUCACCUCCAGGCGACUCCUCCGAGCCCGGCCCGCUGGCCGUCAGGCCGGCAUGGGACCUCCGCGACACCACGCGCCCGCGCAGGGUGGUCUACGACUCCGUGCUGGACGGGACCCUAGCGGCGUCCAUGCCGCCAGGCACGCGGGCGCAUUUCCGCGUGAUCCAGACGGUCCCAGGCCCAGAACGCAACCCGCCGAACCAGCACCCAGCGACGGUCUGGGCCUCACGGGACGGUGCGAUUGCGCUAGCCGCGCCCUCGUCCCUCGAUGCCCCGGCAACAACACACCACUCGCACCCGACUGUGCCGGGGCUGCAUCUCCUCCGCGACGUGCUCUCCCCGGACGAGUGCGGGCGGAUCGUAGGCGCGGCCGAGGCGGUCGGGUUCGCGCCCGACGCGCCGGUGCGGCCUGGCGGAGACAGCGUUGCUGCGGCCACGGAGAACAGCGUGCUGGCGCAUAACUUCUACUGGGUCGCGGAUGAGGAGUUCUGCCCGCGUUCUCUGGGGCCGGGUGGGGCCGUUCGUGCCGGAGCGGGUGGGCGGGCGCAAGACGGCGCCUGGCCCCCCUCAGGCAUCCUCCCCGACGACACAUACCAGUACGACGCCAGCCCUCCCGACGCCAAGCAGUCGUCGCUCUUCACAUUCCUGGUCUACCUCAACGACGAGUUCUCGGCCGGCGAGACGACCUUCUUCCUCCCCUCGGCGCGCGAGGGCACCCUCAACGCGUACCCCGUGAAGCCGAUCCAAGGUAGCGUGGCCAUGUUCCCGCACGGCGAGACGGAAGGGAGCCUGCUGCACGAGGGGACGGGGGUGCGGCGCGGGGAGAAGCCGUCGGCCAAGUAUGUUAUCCGGACGGAUGUGGAGUAUGAUGUUGAUCCCGGGAGGGAUUAG